AUGAGCAGUUUAGGAGAUAUAACAUAUUUACUGAAGGCUUGUCCACUGCCAGCCAAACGACUCGGCCGGACAGGAAACCUGUUGGUUUCGCUCGGCCUUCACCACAAUAUCGCAUGCAUUCUGUCCGACCGCACUGUCCGAUCAGGGAGUCAUAGUCCCGCGGUCGACCAUCAUUCAUCCACUGUCCGACUGAACCGCUCGACCAAGCCGUCUGACCCAGGAAGCAUUGUCGUGCUCGACUCAUUCCUCAACAUGCGAUCAAAGCAUCCGGCCGCAUGCACCGGCCGACCAGGGAACUAA